CGGAGUUGCAGCGUGCGGAAGAGGAAGAGGAACCUAGCAACUGAUACCAUGUUGGAUAAGUGAGCAACUAAGCUUUACGAAGGGCCAAUGGCCAGUACAUAUAUAGAUGUGGUAAAGUGCAGAAAAGUCUCUUAUACAAUGUGGAUGUACACAAUAAACUAUACACAUCUAACAGUUACCUCGUCAGCUUGCAAAUCUGAACCGUGUUCUACUCAUCGGCAAGUGGCCUGGUUUGUGAAAUAGUACCACCGACAUUUACUCAUUUACCAAUAAGAAUGGUGGAAUGGUCCAUUCUAAGAAGACCGUAAGUCAACGCUGACGCUAAAAAUAAAGAUAAACCACACAUAUGAAAUUAUGUGCUCAAUUUUCUUUGUUCUGGAAGUGAACCUUAUUUUGCACAAUUAUUCGAUGUUUCUACAUGUUUUCUUAACAUUCCUGUAUUUUUAAGCAACUAUUUUGAGCUCAAAAAUUCUUUCAAGGAAAUUAAGCAAUUGCUGAUGAGAUUAAUGUUUGCUGACAUGCCUUGUGGCCAAUUUAAGAUGCGUCCACCAUUAGGAUUAUUCGGCACCACGUGUAUCCUUUCACUCAUAUUACUAUCAUUUUCCUCUAAAAGAAAAAAAAUUAAGGCAUGUGUUUCCCAACAGGUUUUAUUUUGUUUACAGUAGAAUGUCUUGAUUGCAACUUUUGCCAACUUUGCUACUUUACCGUUGAACUAAAGGAAAGAAAAUGAGCUGUUUUCACCACCCUUGUUGUUGGCUUACAUUUGUAAAUUUGAACAUCUUGAUGUACAUUUAUGCUAUGCAGUGAUAGCUUAAAACUGAAUAACUGUUUAGUAAAGGCACUGAAGAUUACUGACAACUUUGGACCUAGUUCCCCAGAGACCGUGUGACAAAUUGCUGGACUCAUGAGAUCUUGAUGUUUCAUUGGCCACACUCAUGAGAUCGUGUGACAGAUUGCAGGAUUUGUGCAACAUGCAUGGAUUGUAUCCUUACACAGUAAUUUUAAAGCAGUUACUUUCAGAACCGUCCUUAAAUGUUUGGCAGCAGCGAGUUACUAGUUUUAUUGUCAAUUUAUAUAGAGGUAGUGCUAAUUAAAAUUAGCAUUUUUUUAAUAGUAUCCACUAUUGGCAACCACUUAUCAUUUAUUUUUAUGAGAAACAGAACUUCAGCAUUUGUGACAUUCGUUGAGGGAUGCUAGAUAAGCAUCACUCAUCUAUUGGAAAAGACUCAGAGGCCUAUAAGCAAACCUUUUUAGCUUAGCUGCACAUCGCAUGUUUGAGGGCUAAUCCAUUCCGUUAUUACUUCAGCAGGUUGCGACAUCAACAAAAGGCGCUGUACCUCUGUUGGUGGCAUGUAACAAUUUGCCAUCUCAAUCAGAAUCAUGUCUCUGGACAGUUUGUUACAAGGCUCCUAUCCCCUUUGGAAACUGCAUGCCUCAACUGAAGAAAAGAACUAUCAUUUCUCUCAACCACUCUCAUGACACCAGAAUUUCUGUUCUGUUGUAUGCUUCUCUGACAGCAGUUGUUACCGUGCUCGUCUCCUUGGAGCCAGACAGAUAGCCAGCCAGCCAAGAGUGCCCAGAAAGCUAGCAUCCCUGCUUCAGCGCCACUCCUGCAGAUUUUUCUACGCGGGUAUUGGGAGUUUUCUGUAACUUAGGUGGCAAGUCAUGGUUCUUGCUUGUUGCUACUGGGAAACUGGUUGCUUGGGGCUAGCUGCUGGUGGCCAGUGUGCUGUUGAAGUGGAAGCAAAGAAACCAGCGGCCACUCCCCUCCAUAUAAACCCCCGGGAGUUUGUGGAUGUUUCUUGCAGCCCAGAUCCUUGAGGAAGCAGCACGUCCAUGGCCUCUGAUCGCGUCGAGGUCGACACCGCCCGCCCUUUCCGGUCCGUGAAGGAGGCGGUCGCGGUGUUCGGGGAGCGCAUCCUCGUCGGCGGGAGCAACUCCAGAUACAGCAGCAGUGCGGUUGCCAUUGCCGACGCGCAUGCCAAUGCCACCCCUAACGCCAAGCACGAAGAUAGCAGUAGGAGCAGUACCACCACCCUUUCUCCAAAUGCAAUGGCAGAGGUAGAUGCGGAGCUAGAGCCAGAGGCAACGGCAGCUAUCGUGCCUAUGUACUCCGCGCACUCCUCGCCGUCGUUCACGUCGCCGCGUUCGGCGUACGGCGACGACGGCGAGCUUGGUUGCCAAGACGACGAGGCCGGGCUCGCGGUCGUGAGCUCCAUCAAGAAGCUGGAGGCGGAGGUGGCCGAUACGAGACGGGAGGUGCUGCAGCUCAGGAAGAGGGGCACCGAGAUGGAGAUGGCCGUGGCCAGCCUCAACGCGCAGCUCCACCGAGGCCUCUCGAGGCUGGCCGAGAUCGAGGCCGACAAGGCUGCUGCGGCGGCGGCACGGCGCAGCAUCGGCGGGGACACCGACGUGAUGGCGGCGGCCAUGGUGCGGAGCGAGCGGUGGGCCGAGAAGUCCAGCACGUACAGCAGCGAGUACCUACCGUCCUUCAGCCACGCGCUGAGCCUCGGCGAGAUCGACGACGACCUGCUCGGCGGCAGGAGGAGGAAGGCGCAGAAGGUGAAGCCCAUCGUGCCCCUCAUCGGCGACAUCCUCUUCUCCAAGAGUUUCUCCAGGAGGAAGAGCGGCAAGGACAGCGGGGAUCUCUCCAGCGUGUUAGGGUGAUCAUCACUUUUGCUUGCUGCGUGCUCAGGUUGUGGCUGCUUGCGUUGCGUGUGGUUUGGAUGGAGCAUGUGCUUUUUUUGGUCCUUUCUUUCUCUUUGGUCGGGGUUUUUCAUUUUUCUUUGUGCUCUUGUUUGUGCGAGCCUGUAAAUGUAAAAUACUGAUGAAUGCUUGUAUCUACUCCCUCUGUCUCAAAAUAUAAGAGUGUCAAAAAUGAUGUUAUAUUUUGGGACAGAGGGAGUGUGUGUUAGGUGAUAACUAUUCA